AUGGCGAUUGGAGGGACCAUUAUCGACUUUGUGGUCGCAUCUAGCUCAAGCACUGCUCGCGAGGUGCUUAAAACUCAUGAUCAUGUUUUAGCCUCUCGACCCACACUCUUAGCCAUUGAGAAAAUUUGUUACAAUUCGAGCGGCAUUGGCUUCUCCCCGUACAGUCCUUAUUGGAGACAGCUACGUAAGAUUUGUACUCAAGAGCUUCUAAGCACUAAGAAGGUUAAAUCUUUAAGCUUCAUCAGAUAUGAAGAAGCUCAAAAUAUUCUAUAUAAGAUCAAAAGAAUAGCUGGAUCUCCGAUGAACCUAACGGAGAUGUUUCAAGAAGUUACUAACAGUCAGAUAACUAGAACUGCAUUUGGAAAAGAAUGUACGAGCCGACAAAGGUUCAUAUUAGCCAUGAAGGAGACUAUCAAGCUUCUUCCGAUGUUAAAGGCUGCCGAUUUAUUUCCAUAUUUUAGCUCUCUUAUUAGCUUUUUGGAUGGGUCAAGCUACCAAAUGAAGAGGCUGCGUCGAGAGAUGGAUUAUGUCUUGGAUGAGAUAAUUAUGGAGCAUAAGGAAAAGAAAGUAGUUACGCAUGAAAUGGAGGAAGAUUUGGUCGAUGUUUUGCUGAGGAUUCAAGAGAAAGGAGAGUUGCAGGUCCCCUUAACAACGGAUAAUGUCAAAGCUGUGAUCUUGGAUCUGCUUGUAGCUGCAAUUGAGAUGACAUCAAACACACUGUGUUGGAUCAUGUCGGAGCUAAUAUGUCAUCCAUAA